GAGCCCGCCGCACGUAGCUGACGUACGCUGUAGCGCGGGGAAUUUCGAGUAGAGGACCUGCGUGGCAGGCCGGUAGCUGGCGGUCUCAUCUGGUGCGACCAUGGAGGUCCUGCCCGAGCCGCGGUGGCCUCCGGGGUUGGCGGUGAUGAAGACAAUAGAUGACUUGCUGCGCUGUGGGAUUUGCUUUGAGUAUUUCAACAUUGCAGUGAUAAUCCCCCAGUGCUCUCACAACUAUUGUUCACUCUGUAUAAGAAAAUUUUUAUCCUAUAAAACUCAGUGCCCAACUUGUUGCGUGGCAGUAACAGAGCCAGACCUGAGAAAUAAUCGCCUCUUAGACGAACUGGUAAAAAGCAUGAAUUUUGCACGGACUCGCCUGUUGCAGUUUGCUUUAGAGUCACCACCCAUAUCUCCUGUGUCUUCCACCUCAAAGAAGGUUGUUGUUAAAGUACAUAACUCUGAAGCCACCCAACACCCUGUCAAACAGGGGAGCAGCUUAAUGGAUAAGUUCCUGAUUAGAGAGACUGGUAAUUGUGUAUCCGAAUUGUUGGGAAAAGAAAAUGAGAGGAAAUUCAGCCCUCAAAAAGAGAUAAGCACCUCUGCUGAGAUUAAAGAGACAAGUCUCCUGGGAAAGACGGUACUUGGUCUCUCGGAUGCUAAUGGUCCUGUGACGCCCUCUACAUCCACUAUGAAACAGGAUACUAAAGUGUCUUGUCCUGUUUGUGGGGUCAGCAUUCCAGAACAUCACAUCAAUAAGCAUUUAGACAGUUGUUUAUCACGUGAAGAGAAGAAGGAGAGUCUUAGAAGUUCUGCUCACAAAAGGAAGCCGUUGCCCAAAACUGUUUAUAACUUGCUCUCUGAUCGAGAUUUAAAGAAAAAGCUGAAACAGCAUGGUUUAUCUAUUCAAGGAAACAAACAGCAGCUUAUUAAAAGGCAUCAGGAAUUUGUGCACAUGUAUAAUGCCCAGUGCGAUGCUUUGCAUCCUAAAUCAGCUGCUGAAAUUGUCCAAGAAAUUGAAAACAUGGAGAAAACAAGGAAGCACCUUGAAGCAAGUAAACUCAAUGAAAAUGUCAUGGUUUUUACAAAGAACCAAACAGAAAAGGAAAUAGAGGAAAUUCACAGUAAAUAUCGUAAAAAACACCAGAAUGAAUUCCAGCUUCUGGUGGAUCAGGCCAAAAAAGGAUAUAAGAAAACUGGCAGAGUUUCCAAAGCUGCAGUAAUGAGAAAGGAUGAACCUGCAGAGACACUGCCAUCUGAGUAUAUGGCACAAGAAGAUAAUAUGAGCUUCCCAGAUAAUGUCUCAGUAACAAACCACUUUCCUCAGUCCAAGCUGGACUCCCCAGGGCCGUCAGAGCCCGAGAAACCAGAUGAUUCUUCUAGUUGUACUGAUAUUCUUCUCUCCUCAGAAUCAGAUUCAUGCAAUAGUUCCAGUUCGGACAUCAUAAGAGAUCUUCUGGAAGAAGAGGAAGCCUGGGAAGCAGCUCACAAAAAUGAUCAAAACAGAGAAGUAAGCCCACAACAGAAUCGGCGUACUAGAGCCACUGAACAUGUUGAGAUUGAACCAAGAAACAAGCGGAAUAAGAAUUAGUGUGGUCUUUUGCCAGCUUACCUGUAGUACAGUGACCUGAAUAUGAUAUUUUUAUUGCCAUGUGUAGUUUUAUAUUUAGCAAUAUCCAAAGAAGAUUUUUAAGUCUAACUGAAAUAGUUAAUUUAUUUCCAUUCUUCUUUGCCUUCCUGAACA